AUGAAAACUGUAGAGAAAACCGAAAAUAAAUGUUUACUAAAGUUACUUUCUAGCUACAGCACUUAUUUGAGCGACAAUAAGGAAUCUCUUUUGCCAAAAUUUUCCGGAUUUUAUGGUUUUAAAUCAAAAGCAAUAGACAUUAAAUUAGUAUCUAUGAACAAUUUACUACCUUCUAACAUAAAAAUGCACCAACGAUUUGAUCUGAAAGAUUUUAUAUGCGAACUUCAUCCUAAGGGCAUAUUUGUGAAGCCAGAAAUUCGCUUAGCUCUUCUCGAAACAAUAGAAAGAGAUUGUAAAAUACUAAAAGAUAUUAAUAUAAUGGAUUAUAGUCUUUUAAUGGGCAUUCAUAACAUCGACCAUCCUUUGAAAAUCGAUGACGAUAUUUCAUCAAACACUUACACUUUAAGGCUGGCAGCUAAGGCCUGGUGGGAGAGUUUGAUGAAUGAUUCGGUAGAAGAGAAAAGUAUUCAAUCAGACGUUGGAACUUUGUCAGAUGAAAAUUAUGCUUCGUUGAAACGUAGCAUACCUGCUAAAAGUGUCAAUGGUGAUAGAUUAUUACUAUUUGUUGGAAUUAUUGACAUACUCCAAACUUAUGGAAAAACGAAAAGCCUAGAGCGUAGUCUUAAAUCAUUGAAAUUGAAGUUUACAUGUCUUAGUGCGACAAAAAGUGCCGACUCUAUUUCUGUACAACCUCCGGAGUUCUAUGCUUCUAGAUUUCUUAAGUAUAUGACUGACUCUGUGUUCAAGCCAAUGUUAUCUCCUCAAGAACUUGAUGAACUAUACAAGCAACCAAUCAACAUGUUGAGUCACUGUUGA